AUGGCCAGCAGCAGCAGGGCGGCGAGGCCAGCAGCGAGCAGCCGGUGCGUGUUGGGCACCGCCACCACGCCCUGGGCCGCGCCCUACUGCGCGUCCAAGGCCGCCGUGCACGCCGCCACCGACGCGCUCCGCCUCGAGCUCCGCCCCUUCGGUGUGCACGUCGUCAAGGUGGUCGCGGGCGCCGUCAGGUCUGGGCUGGGCCGCGCCAACGCCGCGCAGCUCGCCGCCGGCGACCAGGAGUGGCGGAUGUACCGGGACUUCGCGGCGGCGAUCGAGGAGCGGGGGCGGGCGUCGCAGACGAGGAAGUCCACGGACGCGGGCGUCUUCGCUAGGCACGUGGCGCGACGGGUCAUGAGCGCGCGACCGCCCAGGGAGAUCGUCUACGGCAACAUGACGCUGCUGUUCGCCGCGCUCGCGGCGUCGCCUGGAUGGGUGCGGGACGCCUUCUUCGCCUGGCGCUUCGGGCUCAACAAGAACAAGAAGCCACGCUAG